AUGUUUAAGGCAAACGCCCACGAAGAUAUAGAUUUGAGAUCGCGUACUGACCCUAAAAAGAGGGAUCAGAUGCAGAAUAACAUGAAGAGUUCCUCAAGUCUAUCCAGCAACUCUGAAUGGAAUUCGGAACUCAGUUUCAGAACUUUAAAAAAUGGUAAGUGUGAGAUAGCUGAUGAGGAUCGAUUUGACUGCGCUCGUGACCGUGCUCUUAGUAAGGCUGCGUGUGAGGAGAGAGGUUGUUGCUAUAUUCCUCUACCGCAGUCACGUUUUGGAGGACCGCCUUGGUGUUUCUAUCCUCCCUCUUAUCCUGGCUACAGAAUGGGGCCACUGGCUCCCACACCCCGUGGCCAAGCAGCUAACCUCACACGUCCCGUACCAUCUUACCUUCCUGGAGAUAUCUCCGUCCUGCAAAUGGAGGUCAUGGCAGAGACAGCAGGACGACUACACAUCGCAAUUAGGGAUCCUCUCUCUCCACGAUAUGAGGUUCCUCUUCCUGUGGAUAAACCAAGGGAAGGCUUUGACGUGCAGAAUGCCCUCUACAGCAUAGAGUUUCAGCCACAUCCUUUCGGGUUCAUAGUGCGGCGUAAAUCCAAUGGCCGAGUACUUCUAAACACCACAGUUGGACCUCUCCUGUUUGCUGACCAGUACCUACAGCUCUCCACCUCCUUAGCCUCAUCAGUGGUGUCUGGGCUUGGGGAACACUACACACCCCUUGUCUUGGACCUUAACUGGACCUCUGUCACUCUGUGGAACCGAGAUAUGGCGCCUCAUGGCAGUGCCAACCUCUAUGGCUCCCACCCCUUUUACCUAGUGCAGGAAGGAGAUGGCCAGGCCUAUGGAGUCUUUCUCCUCAACAGCAAUGCUAUGGAGGUGGUGCUGCAGCCCACUCCAGCACUCACAUGGAUUACCACUGGUGGGAUUCUGGACCUCUACAUCUUCUUAGGCCCAGACCCACACAUGGUAAUUCAGCAGUACCACCGGGUUAUUGGGUAUCCCAUGAUGCCACCUUACUGGUCACUGGGCUUCCACCUCUGCCGCUGGGGUUACACCUCCACCAAUGCCACAAGAGCUGUCGUCCAGCAAAUGCGCCAAGCCAAGUUUCCCCUGGAUGUGCAGUGGAAUGAUCUUGAUUACGCUGACAAGCGGAGAGUUUUCACCUUUGACCCUCUGCGAUUUGGAGACCUGCCUCAGAUGGUGAGGGAGUUCCACCAGCAGGGCUUGAAGUAUGUGCUUAUCUUGGACCCAGGCAUCAGUAGUACGAGUCCUCCAGGCACCUACAAACCUUUUGAUGAAGGCCAACGGAGGGGUGUGUUUAUCAAGAACUCCACCGGACAGACUCUUAUCGGAAAGGUUUGGCCAGGACCCACAGCGUUCCCAGACUUCACUAAUCCACAGACAAGGAGUUGGUGGGAAGACUGCAUUCGGGACUUCUAUGAGAGAGUACCUGUGGAUGGCCUAUGGAUAGACAUGAAUGAGCCGGCUAGUUUUGUUCAGGGCUCUGUGGAUGGUUGUCCAGACACUGACCUAGAGAAACCUCCCUUUGUUCCAGGUGUGAUAGGAGGACAGUUAAACUCAGGCACCCUGUGCAUGUCCAGCCUGCAGAACUUCUCCACUCAUUACAAUCUCCACAAUCUCUAUGGACUGACUGAGGCUGUUGCCACCCACAGUGCUCUGCUGAAAGUGAGGGGAACCCGGCCCUUUGUUCUGUCCCGCUCCUCGUUUCCUGGCCUGGGCCGUUUCUCUGGCCACUGGACGGGGGAUGUGCGCAGUGACUGGGAACAGCUGCGAUAUUCCAUCCCAGCUGUGCUGCUGUUUGGGCUGUAUGGGGUACCUCUGGUGGGGGCCGAUGUGUGUGGCUUUGGAGGAGACACCACUGAGGAGCUGUGUGUGCGCUGGACUCAACUUGGUGCCUUCUACCCUUUCAUGAGAAACCAUAACGACAGGCCAAACGCCCCCCAGGAGCCCUAUGUGUUUGGGCAGGAGGCCCAGGCAGCCAUGCGAAAUGCCACGAUGCUGAGAUACUCCCUCCUUCCUUUCCUCUACACACUCUUCCAUUACGCCCAUACCUCAGCACACACUGUUGCUCGAGCCCUUUUUGUUGAAUUUCCCUUUGACCCUCAUUGUCAGACCAUAGACAGGCAGUUCUUAUGGGGCAGUUCCCUGCUCAUUAGUCCUGUCCUGGAACAAGGAACAGUAGAGGUGGCUGCCUAUCUGCCUGCAGGGACGUGGUACAGUCUACACAGUGGGCAGCCAUACUACAGUAAAGGGCAAUAUCUAGUCCUCCCUGCCUCGUUAGACACCAUCAACGUCCAUGUGAGGGAAGGACACAUCAUUCCACAGCAGGUUCCCGCCCUGACGACUGCCGUUUCACGUACUAACCCUUUCCUCCUGACGGUGGCGCUAUCUUCUGAGGGUUGGGCGAAAGGGGAGCUGUUCUGGGAUGAUGGGGAGAGUCUGGAUACUUUUGAGAGGGCGGAUUACUCACGCGUCAUCUUUAUCGUUUCACCGUCCAAGUUGGUGAGUGAGCCAGUGAUAUUGAAUGGAGCUUUAGAUGGGUUGGUCGUGAGUGAGGUGCGUGUUUUUGGAGUGCCAACCCCACCCACAGCUGUCUGGGCGAAUGGGCAGAAAGUAAAGGACUUCACCUAUCACUCUGAAACCAGGCUUUUCACAGUGUCUGGCUUGGCCCUACCUAUGACAGAGGUGUUUACGGUCCAGUGGAGCCUGUAA